UUUUACUUUCGUGAGCAGAUGCGAGCGCAACUGUCAGUGAUCGGGAUGGUGUAUAGACAACGGUGAUUUUUUAUUGAACAUAGCAAUUUGGAAUUCCAGUUGAUUAGCGUCAAGUUGCAAAGAUUCAAAGUGGUUGAGAAAUGGCCACCAAUUAUCAGAGGUUAACCAGUUCUCGUCGACAAAGAUUUCCCUCACAUUUAAAUUCUGUUGAGGAGAAGAAACUUCCUUCUUCACGAAAGCUUCCAGAAUGGGCCUGGAAAUGUCUAGUUAAGAUACUGGGUAUCAGGCUGAGAGGACAGACUAAGGACCCCUGCUUAGCUAUUUUCCUACAUUGUGCCACUAUCAUUAUUGCCGCUGUGUUUUCAUCAGCUGGUCUGAUGCAUACUGUGUAUGACAUCAGGAGCAGCCUUUCUAAAACAACCCUCACCAUCGGUUGCUCUAACAUUUUGAUUGGUUUUGGAUGGGUAUGUCUAGGGCUGUACUCACAGAGACUGGCAGGGAAACUGUUUUCUAAUCGCAAUUUCUCUGAAAGUGUUCGCAUUCAUUCCCGUACCUUUUUCAAGAUCAGUGCUAUAGGACUGGUUAUUUUCCUCAGUGUGGCUAUGAUAGUCAUAAACUGUUACACAGACUACAGUGUGUUUGGACCAGACAACUGUGACGCAAUCUUCAUUCACAACGCAAUCUGCCAUGUUAUGUUUGCGUCCCACGUGACGUUCAGCACCAUAUCCCUGAUCUGGAAUUUGUUUGUGUGUUGUGUUCUAUUGUCCGUGUGCAGAACUCACACAAUUGGUCUGAGAAAGUUUAUGUUGCUGCUGGAAGAAGAUGCAAAACAUUACAUGGACAAAUUUCAGAGACAGGAACCCAUACAUCUAUCUCAGCUUAAUCAUGUUACCUCAGGUGAAGGAACAGACUUUUUCAUUUGGGAUGACAAUGUUGCCCCAGAAAUGAAUCGUUCACAGUCAUGCACAGAGAAUACUGAGGACAUUGCCGCUCAGGAGAAUUCUGUCAGCACAGUGAACAUAUCAGGGUCAAUAAAUGACUUCGAGGGAAACCCAGAUGAAUUUGAGGAGAGUGAAGACAUACCCUGUAAAUCAUCCUUGAAGUCUGUGCUGAGCCCUGACCAGGUUCUCCAUUACUACUGGAGGUUGUCUAGUCGUAUGCGACUGACAUCGUCUUGCCUGCAGCGGUGGAUGGCCAGUUGGAUUGCGUUCAUCAUUCUGUGGUGUGGGGACUAUAUCUUGUACUGGAUCAGUCACAAUGCCACUGUCCCCGACAUUUUCCAGUUCCUAACCCCACUCAUCCUCCUCUUCAUAACCACAUCAGCAUACGCAGAAGCCAACUUUGAGGGGGAAAGGAUGAUUCAGUGUAUAUAUCCAACAAAAGACCGACUGAAAAUACAGGCUUUCCUUAAUCAACAACCACUACAGAUGAAGGUGUUCAACAUCAGUGUUUCAUACAAUGCAAUACUGGGAGUUAUUUUGGCAUUUGCAGCAGCUAUUGCCUCUCGUAUUAUCCUGGAUGAACUUAGCAAUAUCAUUCAAAGGGGAGGAGGAGUCCAACUUAUAGAAUUGAUAAGAAAUGAAUCCAUUAGGAGCAGCAGAUUUUACCCUUUUGCGUAUACUUUAGCAGUCUGUGCUAGGAGUACCUCACAAAAUGUCUCUCAGGCGGCGUACGCUGCUAUUCAAACCAUGUGUAAGACUCCACAACAUCUGUUCAUGUUUCUCCACUACUGUCAGAAAUCCAGGAAUCUUAAAACUUGGCCCAGACGACACAGGAAAGCUAUUGCUAGAUGGUACACAGAAAACCCGCAGUAUAGAGAUGACCCCAUGUACCUUGCAAGACAUGUGACUAAAUAUAAAAAACGACAUGGAUUUACACACAAGAAAGUACUCAAAUCAUGUCACCCAAAUCCCUCAAAAUGUUCAGCAGAUUUGAAAUACAUAUUAUGCUAUGUAACCAAAGGCAUAGCCAAGGCAAAUCAAUUAUUUGCAGUACCGAGCAGCAAUGUGGCAGAAUUCCUUAUUGAUGUUGAAACCAUUAAAAAGAAAAGGGUGCAAGAAGAGGAUAUAAUCAGAUUAAUCAAGAAAUGGACCCUGACCUGGGAGCAAAUACCAACUGAAUUUCUGCGAUCCAAACAAGUAUGGAAGGCCUUACUUCACUUCAUGCCCAUGACAGCAUUGCUGCGAAAUUUAGGAAAACUGACAAAAUAUGGAUUGCUACAGCCAGACAGUGAAGAGGCGAAGAGAGUGUGUUCAAGAAUUGAGAAUAAAGAAAUUCUGCAGCAAGCAAAACUUCAUCCCAUUCAGAUUCUGUCAUCGCUGAAUGGUUAUAGGAGAGGAAGAGGGUUGCGAGCAAACCAACGCCGGUGGGCUGUAAAUCAGGACAUCGUCCAGUCUCUGAUGGUAGCAUUCAACACACAACUGACCUCUACUUUACAAGUGCCAAAGUCUUCAAAAACAAUUCUUGUAGCUAUAAACACACAGAUAUCAAUGGAGAAUCAUGUGGUUGGAAUUCCAUUGAUGAACUGCAAACAGACAGCCACUGCGAUUGCAAUGACCCUGAAAGUGUGUCAUAGUUUAAGUAAAACUGUAACAUUUGGGAGUACCAGCACGGCACAACAGUUUGAUUCUCAAUUACAUGAGAAUAACAUGAUUGACUUAGAAAAGGUGUUAGAGAAGAUACAAACAAGACGGGAUAUGUGUAGCAGCCCUGCCAACUUUGAUGCACCUUUUCAGUAUGCUUUGGACAAUGUGGCCGGGGUAGACGCAGUUAUCUUAAUGACUGACCAUUUGAGCCCAAGCGAUCAAGGACACAUUCGACUAGCUUACAAUAAGUUCAGAGAACACAGUCCUGGUACUUUGCUCAUCACAGUUUGCUUCAAGAAUAGUGAAGAGGUUCCACCAGUAGCUGAUCCAGGGGACCCAAAAAUGCUGGAUGUGAUUGGUGUGGACUCUGAUGCUGUCGAUACAAUUCUGUCAUUCAUUUCUGGACAGGAGGAACAAUUUCAAGGUGUUCUGAGUGGACUAGCUGAACUGAGAGUUGAAGAAGAUAUGGACCAAGAUUGAGGACCAAGUGGUUCAUUGUGUUCGUGUGAUAUUAGAGUUUUGUUCAACUCCAUUACUGAAUGAACUAAGGUUAUGAUGAAGAGGCUUCCUUAUUUCAACUUGCAGUUCAGUUUUUUGUUGAGUAUAAAUCUGACAAAUACCAUUGCGGAUAAAACCAAGAAUAGAGUUUUUCAUUUUAUAGUGAAAUGUAAUUUUACAUAUUUUUGGAGAGAUACAUUUAUAUUCAUUGUGAUAACAGUUGAAGAUAAGGUGUGUUACUUUUCUAUGUACCAUUGUGCAGUCCAAAAUGUUGUGCAAAUACAGUGAUAUUUUGAGGUCCAUUUUGGGUCCGAAUUUCGGCACUUUCCCCUCCUAAAAAUUGCCAGUUUUUUCCCAAUUUAGCUUGCAUUUUCCCCAAUAAUAGAAUUAUGAAAGGAAAACGUAUUUGAAAAAAAUAAACAUUCGAUGUGAAUUAUAUACAUAAGAGUUAUGGGAAUGGUGAUUUGGAUAGCAUAGAUGAAAUUUUAGAAGGUUAAAGAAAAUUAGACAUGUAAAAUAAAGAUAAUAUAAUUUUUGAUAUGAUUUUAAAACUUAUUUACGAUAAAAUUGAUUUUUCCCAAUUUGACUGAUAUGUCGACAAUUUUUCCCAAUUCGAAAGCCACAGGACCGUUGUUAAAAAUGUAGAAAAAUCGCUGACAUAUGAAUCACACAGAACUUUAAAUUCUAUUGUAAAAAAAAAGAUAUAAACAAGUCGUAUUUUUUCAUGUAUAUUAAGUAUGUUUUGAUAUGCCAAAUAUCACUGUACAUCAUCAUGUAUAGAAUCCACUUUUAAAAAUGUACUUCCUUUGGCAAAUGAUUGUUUAUGCUAAUGUCUUCAUUUUCCCCCACAUUUGUGGCACAAUGACAUGCAAAGUUCGCUAGGAUAACCAUAUAUUGUUGUAAUUCAGGGUGAUAUGCCAUGUCUUGAUUUAUCUUAUGUGUUGUAUCCGUUCUAAUAGCCAUUGUGAAUACAAAUUUUGAGAAGCAACUUCUUGAACAUGUAAGCAGUUCCCUGCAGAUUAUAACCUGGUGUUGUCAAAUCAAACAAUGUCACCCCUUAUCAUUAGGUAGAUAUGAAUAAGAAUGUUUUAAAUUUAGUGUGUGGAGCAUCGAGCAGCGAGUCUGUCCAUCAGAUGUCAGAAUGUGAAUGAUGAUGCAGGUGUGGCUGCAAUAGAGACCUCUUUGUGAAUUAUUGACAUCAAUCAAAUACUGGUACUGUCUGUCUACCUGUAAUCCUUUACCCAUGCAAUCCUUCUCAUUAGGUAUAUUCCUACCCUUAUUUUCAUUGUCAAUUUCAUGUUUGUUCCAACAAAAUAUUUGUCUCCUAGUUUAUGUGGGGUGAGACAGGUUUAGCAUAUACAUUGUGAAUGUCUUUUUUUGAUAUAUGGUUGUUUUCAUCAAAUGUAUACGUUGAUCCCAGUCAAAGUCAUCUAAAUACCACCUGGAAGUGAUUGUAGAACAAACUACAUAUACCAUUUAUAAACCGAGAUAUUCGUCUUUUGAAGAACUGAAUUCCAGUAAUGCAUGAAUCAUAACUUUGUUUUGUGUACAUCAUUUGCUGAUAUGAUUCAUGAUAAAUCCAUAGUUUCAUUUCUUUAUAAUACAACUGUAUAUUCAACUGUAUAGCUGAUAUUAAUUACCUUCUUAAUUUUAAUAAAAAGUAUUCUUUGA